GAGAGAGAGAGAGAGAGAGAGAGCGUUCUGAGCAGAAUAUCAGGGGGAUUUUGAAGUUCUGGUUCUGGAACAGACGGGUCGGACUCCUGGACCUGCAGAUCCUCACACACUGUCUCAGGGUCUGUAGUCAGGGGUUUUAAUCAGGAGGCGUCAGGAUCCACACAGAGCACUGAUCUCAGGUCAGUCUGCUUCAUAAGGACAGAGAGUGAAGCAGCAACGUGGAGUUUCACCAUCAUCAUCAUCAUCAUCUUCAUCAUCAUCACUGAGCAGCUGUGUGUGUGUGUGUGUGUGUGUGUGUGUGUGUGUGUAAGCUGCAGGAUGGCGAGUGAUGGCUCUGAUCUCUGCUCACUUCCGAGUCCUGUAGUGCGUCACAUCGAUAAACACUUCCUGAUGUGCAGCAUCUGUCUGGAUCACUACCACAAACCCAAAGUGCUGCCGUGUCUACACACCUUCUGUCAGAGGUGUCUUCAGAGCUUCGUCCCAUUCAACAGCCUCGUCCUGUCGUGUCCUGUCUGCCGUCAGACCUCUGUCCUCCCAGAGAAGGGUGUGGCUGCAUUACAGAGCAACUUUUUAAUCACUAACCUGAUGGAGGUGCUAAAGGGUCCGGACUCGGGACUCGGAGAUGAAGACUUACUGCAGGACGUCAACACUGUGAGCUCGGAACAACCGCUGAACUGUCCCAACCAUGGAGACAACGUGAUGGAGUUUUACUGUACAGAGUGUAAGACAGCUGUGUGUGAGGAGUGCAGCAGUAAUGACCACGCCCAACAUGCAGCCGUCCCCCUCACACAAGCCCUCACGCAGCACAGAGCUUCACUGCUGCAGCACCUUAACGCUGUCAGGAGCAGACUGCCAGAGAUCGACUCAGCACUGCACAAGCUGUCUGAGAUUCUGGAGCAGCUGAACAGUCAGAAGAGCUCAGUCGAGGAGAACAUCCACACCACGUUCAGUGAGCUGCAGAAGAUGUUGGAUGUGCGGAAGAGUGUGCUGCUGAUGGAGGUGGAGGUGAACUACACCCUGAAACACAAGGUGCUUCAGGCGCAGUUAGCAGUGCUGCUGCAGGAGCAGGAGGACAUGUGCACCAGCUGCAGUCUUACAGAACAAGCGUUACUCAGCGGCUCCGAGGCCGAGGUGAUGCUGCUGGAGAAGCAGCUGAGUGAGCACCUGAGUGACCUGGCGACUCGUGAACUUCAUCUACGGCCUGAAGAGAAUGGGCAGCUGAGCUUCACAGCAGAAACUGAUGGUCUGUGCAGCUCCAUACGCCGUCUGGGUUCCGUCAUCACUGGCAGCGCUGUGGCAGGUGGAACAGUGGCGAGCGGAGAGGGACUGCGGCGCUGCGUGGUGGGCCGACCCACCUCCGUCACCGUCACCUCGAAGGACAGAGACGGUACACCGUGCCAGACAGGGGGCGCUCCUCUCUCGGCUGAGCUGAAUGGUGCCGAUGGUACUCCGGUGGGAGAAGGUGAAGUUGUAGACCACAAAGACGGCACGUAUGAGAUACAGUACACGCUGUCACGUGAGGGACAGUACAUGCUGGCAGUGCGCCUGUAUGGACAGCACAUCCGCGGGAGUCCGUUUAGCAUCCGGGCCACUAAACAUACGCAGGAAUCUGACACGUCCAGUGGUGCCAAGAAACGCCUGCAGUCACCAGGGAGCGGCCACAUGAAAUCACGAGCCAUCAGGAGCCCCAGCAGCAUGUACAGCUCAGGGAGGGUCAGGGGCACUGGCACAGAGGACGACCUCAUUCUCAGAAUAGGGACUAAAGGGAGAAACAGGGGUGAAUUUGCUAACCUGCAGGGCGUGGCCGCUUCAGACACUGGGCACGUUUUAAUAGCAGACAGCAACAAUCAGUGUGUUCAGGUAUUCUCUAAUGAAGGACAGUUUAAGAGUCGAUUCGGGAUAAGGGGACGGGCUCCGGGGCAACUCCAGCGGCCCACCGGCAUCACCAUCCACCCCAACGGUGACAUCAUUGUUGCUGACUACGACAGCAAAUGGGUCAGCGUUUUCUCCAGCAACGGUAAAUUUAAGAAUAAGAUCGGCUCCGGGAAGCUGAUGGGCCCGAAGGGCGUGGCCGUGGACCGCAGCGGGAACAUCAUUGUUGUGGAUAAUAAAUCCUGCAGCAUUUUGGUCUUCAAUCCCAACGGCAAACUCAUCCGCAAGUUCGGCACUCGGGGAAACGGGGACAAACAGCUAGCAGGUCCCCACUUUGCAGCAGUGAAUCAGAACAAUGAGAUUAUUGUGACUGAUUUCCACAAUCACUCGGUGAAGGUGUUUAAUGCAGAGGGAGAGUUCCUGUUGAAGUUCGGCUGUAGCGGUGAGGGAAAUGGUCAGUUUAACGCUCCUACUGGAGUCGCUGUGGAUUCACAUGGAAACAUCAUCGUAGCAGACUGGGGGAACAGCCGCGUACAGGUGUUCGACAGCAGGGGCACAUUCCUGUCCUUCAUUAACACUUCAGCAGAUCCUCUGUUCGGCCCUCAGGGUCUCGCCAUCACCUCCGACUCUCACGUCCUCGUGGCGGAUUCAGGGAACCACUGCUUUAAAGUUUACCGCUACCCCCAGUGACACUCCUAAUCCCUCAUCCCUCCAUCCCCUCAUCGCUCCAUCCCCUCAUCCCCCUAACCCCUCAUCCCCCUAACCCCUCAUCCAUCCAUCCCCUCAUCCCUCCAUCCCCUCAUCCCCCUAACCACUUAUCCCCCAACCCAUCAUCCACCUAACCCCUCAUCCCUCCAUCGCCUAGUC